GCGUAAGUAAAAGCGUGCCACCACCAACAAAGAUGGCGGCCUGCGCGUUACGUAGAGGUCUGCUGAGCACUUUCAGUAAAUAUAACAAUAAACGCGCACAUAGAAUAUUAAGUAUGACUGACAGCAGGUUCGAAAUGUAUAGACCACAGUUGGAAUGCCGAGCCUGCGGAAUGUACGGUGUCGCUCAGCAGAGGAGAUUCAUGUCGUCACGGAACAGGCCUGAAGGGAAGAUUUUGGAGACGGUUGGAGUGUUUGAGGCUCUUAAGCAGCAGGGCAAAUACGAGACAGGACAGCUCUUUCUCCACAGCGUCUUUGGCUAUCGAGGUAUUGUCUUGUUUCCAUGGCACGCCAGACUGUACGACAGAGACAUCACACCUCCCAUGUCUGACAGCAAGCCUGAGCCUCCUGGUGGUCAUGGCUCAAAGGAAGUGAAGGGGAAGACUCACACUUACUAUCAAGUUCUGAUUGAUACUAGAGACUGCCCUCACAUUUCUCAGAGGUCUCAGACAGAGGCAGUGACGUUUCUGGCUAACCAUGAUGACAGUAGAGCGCUUUACGCCAUCCCAGGUCUGGACUAUGUGAGCCAUGAAGACAUCCUGCCAUACAACUCUGCAGAGCAGAUCCCCAUUCAACACGAGCUGUUUGAACGCUUCCUCAUGUACAACCAUGCCAAAUCUCCUCCAUUCAUUGCCAGGGACACCCUCAAAGCAUGGCAAGAAAAGAACCACCCCUGGUUGGAGCUGUCGGACGUCCACAGGGAGACCACUGAGAACAUCCGGGUCACCGUAAUCCCUUUCUACAUGGGCAUGAGGGAAGGCCAGAAUUCUCAUGUAUAUUGGUGGCGAUACUGCAUCCGUUUGGAGAACAUGGGCAAUGAGGUGGUUCAGCUGAGAGAGAGACACUGGAGGAUCUUCAGCCUGUCCGGAACCCUGGAGACCGUCCGAGGUCGCGGCGUGGUUGGCAGGGAGCCAGUGUUGUCCAAAGAGCAGCCAGCAUUUCAGUACAGCAGCCAUGUCUCUCUACAAGCCCCCAGCGGUCACAUGUGGGGAACAUUUCGUAUCGAAAGGACUGAUGGCUCCCAUUUUGAUGUUCGCAUUCCUCCUUUCUCCCUGGAAAGCAACAAAGAUGAUAAAGCCCCCCCUGCAGGGUACACAUUCUAACUGCGAGUAGUCGCCCCACCCUAUCGUUACCUCUGCCUUCAGUAUCAGAAAAUUGAGUCAGGUUAAGGAAAGAGACUACCAUAUAUAGCGUUUCUAGAGCUUCCAAUUGCACACCCACAUACCCCAUUUUCUUGGUUUAAUUAAAUACAAACACACAUGUUAGGGUUAGCUUGAUUUAAAGCUGACUCAGUUUGGAUGGGGAGGAAAAAGACAGGGAAGGAAGAGUGGGGAAAAAAAUUUGCUGCUCAGCAGCUCAUGUUUGGUGUCAAAUAGCGGAAAUAUUGACCUGCUUUUGAGCCCUUCCUGCUGGGGUUGUGUUGCCAAAGAGAGCAAUUGGGGCCGAGUGUCAUCGAAUAACUCCCCUCUGAUGUUAUUGAAAACAUAAUGCACCAGUGUGGCGAUUCCUCUUUUCCUGUUAACAUUUCUUUACACGGCUUUUCUGUUCAGCUGUGCCUGUCAGAUGUUCUUUUUUCAAAAUAAGAAAAAUAUCUGAUCAGUUUACAGAACCAAAGCAUUCACACUUUAGAACCUUAUUCAACAGUUAACACAUUGUCACAAACUACUAAUUUAAAAUACUUUUUUGCAGGUUGAUCUUAAUGUGUAAAUCCCGCUUGAAAAAGUCCUUGUGAAAUAAACCCUGACCUCUGUGAAGUGGCUGGGGUCAUCUUUCCCAGUGAUUACAAGUUGGGACUUUAAUUAUAGCUGCGCCGAUUUGAGAUGAGUCACCCUUAGGUAUUGUUACUAUUGUUUGAAUGGAGUCUAAAUCCCAUCCAUUGGGAAUCACUGAAGUUUAAGAAGACGGUAUGUAUCAUAAUCGAAACAAAUGUUCUACCUGUGGUGGAAAGAAGCAGUGUUGUCUGGUUCCAUCUUUGACAAGUACGCCAUCGAUGAAGCGAGCGGGGGGCAGCAAUACUCCUGCAGUGUGUGAGUGUGUAAAAUAGUUAUUUUUAAAUCCCUGCAUAAAAAAACUGAUGCAGGCUUAUAGACACAGUGAGCAUGUCUUGGAUUCAGGCCUACUGCUUAACAUUGAAAAAGACUUUGAUUGAGCCAAAAUUAGUCUUGGUACAAAACCAAGGACUUUUAGAUAAAUGCGUUUUUGUGAAGUGAUUUGAAACUCCUGUGAUACCAAUACUGUAAAUAAGAAUGUAAUUAAAGGCAAAUAUGUUUUGAAAAAUAA